GGUAGUAUCGAGAAAAAAUUCAGUCAUAUGCGUUACAGCAGAGUGCUCCGCGUCGGCGAGUGAUACGUCGCGUAAAUACUGUCGAAAUCUCAAGAUUAAAGCAGCUGAAUAUUUCAUCAACCGUCGAUUUAUUAUCCGUCAUCUACGGUUUUGGUACAAAGGAUUGUCUAAUGACCAUAUGGAAAUAAUCGUGGCGAAGUGUUAAACAAUAAUAACGUAUCAAUUGGCCGAUAUUGUAAAUUAUUAUUGAUGACAAAUCAAUAGACCCAUUACAAUGCGGCUGACUCCUAGUGAGUCUAUGAUACUACAUGGCAUAGGGGACUUAUCUCGCUGGUACCAGGACGAGAUAUAUAUCAAUCGACCGGGGAAGUUUUGCUGGUGGACAUCUCGAAUCCAGAUUUUGAAAAAUCAUGUCCAGCUAUACGUUUCUCAUCACACCCGAACCCUCCUAGCCUCCUCUGACUCGGCCCUUCGCGCUCCUUUCCCUUAUUCAUUUCACUUAUCCCGUAUUCUUCUUCCCUUCCAGCCGGAACCCACCCUGAAGCCAGCCGCUGAUUUCAAUGCCGCCGAGGAUGGCGUCGCUCUUCGCACCGCGAUGAAGGGUUUCGGCACCGACGAACAGGCGAUCAUCGACAUCCUGACGGCACGGAGCAACGAGCAGAGACAGCGUAUAUCAAAUUUCUUCACUCAGGAAUACGGCAGGAAUCUCAUCGAGGACCUGAAAAGCGAACUUGGCGGACAUUUCGAGGAUGUCAUUGUGGCUUUGAUGAUUCCACCGGUCGAUUACAUGGCCAAGCAACUGCACAAGGCAAUGGACGGUAUUGGCACCGAGGAGGAAACCCUCGUGGAAAUUCUCUGCUCCCGGGACAACCGUGAAAUCGCGGAAAUCGUCGAGGCCUACGAGAGACUCUACGAUCGUCCGUUGGCCGAGCAUCUGUGCAGCGAGACUUCCGGAGACUUCAGAAGACUACUCACUCUGAUCGUCACGAAUUGUAUCAAGCAGGGUGUCAGAAACGGCAAUAACGACGUUCAUCCAGAAAGAGCACGCGAAUCCGCCGAGAUGCUUUACAACGCUGGCGAGGCUAAACUCGGCACCGACGAAGAGAUCUUCAACAAGAUCCUGGCUCACGAAUGUUUUGCACAGCUGCGACUGAUUUUCGAGGAGUACAAGUCAAUCAGCGGAAGAACCAUCGAGCAGGCUUUGCGGGAUGAAAUUAGCGGCGAAUUGAAAGACGCCAUGUUGGCUAUUGUCGAAUGCGUGCAGAGUCCUCCAGCAUUUUUUGCUAAACGACUAAGAAAAGCUAUGGAAGGCGCCGGAACUGACGACAUGACCCUCAUCCGCAUAAUAGUCAGCCGUGCUGAAAUUGAUCUGGGAAAUAUCAAGAGGGAGUACGAACGUCUUUACGAUAAGACAUUGGAGUCAUCGGUAAAGAAGGAGACUUCCGGUGACUACAAACGCGCCCUGGUCGCUCUGAUCGGUGGACCAUAGGAUCUUGAAGAAAUAAUUAUUACUCAUGGAGCAGUCUGGAUUCUGCGACUCAUUAAUCUCUAUACUCGAAAAUGAAAUUACUUAGUAAAAUCCUUGAAUUAUCGAUGAUAAACUGUAUCGAUUAUAAAUACAAAUUUAUCGAAACUC